CCCCGCCCGCCCCGCUCUUUCUGCCGUGUCAUCUCCCCGCCAAGGCUCAGCCGUGAGUGGGGCCGCACGGAGCCACUGGGGGAGGGAGAAAAGCUGAGAUCGUGUAAAAUCCGAGCCCCCACGGGCAGUGCUCCCAGGUCUGGGAGGCCCGCCCCUCCGGAGCCUCUAACCCUGGGACCCGGUGGAGGGGAGGGGAGGGGAGUCUGUGGUCGCACCUGCCAAAGGCUUCCUAGCAAAGGAGCCCGCGGAGCCAGGUGGGGAGGGGGGCCGAGACCCCCCCCCCCCCACCUCCAGGCCUUGAACUUGGAGCUUCCUGGUGCCCGGGAAGGAUCUGAUCUGGCCCGUGACCCUUGAAGGACUGCCCUGCCCGCAGCAUAACCUAGGGGACCCCCACGAUGGGCAACUCGCAGGAGAGGCCGUCCGAGACGAUCGACCGCGAGCGGAAGCGCCUGGUGGAGACGCUGCAGGCGGACUCGGGGCUGCUGCUGGACGCGCUGCUGGCGCGGGGCGUGCUCACCGGGCCCGAGUACGAGGCGCUGGACGCGCUGCCCGACGCGGAGCGCAGGGUGCGCCGCCUGCUGCUGCUGGUGCAGGGCAAGGGCGAGGCCGCCUGCCAGGAGCUGCUGCGCUGCGCCCAGCGCACCGUGCGCGCGCCCGACCCCGCCUGGGACUGGCAGCACGUGGGCCCCGGCUACCGGGAUCGCAGCUACGACCCUCCUUGCCCAGGCCACUGGACGCCGGAGGCAGCCGGCUCCCAGACCCCGUGCCCUGGCCUGCCCGGACCUUCCCACAGUGAGGAGGCCGGGGGGCCUGAGGGCUCCGAGGCAGGGCAAUCCGGAACCAUCGAGGAGCCCCAAACAGAGUUAGAAGCUGAGGCCUCCGAAGGGGCUGAAGAACCCGAGUUGGAUUCGCAAACGGAUCCGGAACCAGAGGCAGAAGCAGAACCUGAACUGGAACCAGAAACCGAGCCGGAGCCGGAGCCGGAGCCGGACCAGGAGCCAGAGCCAGAGCCAGAGCCGGAGCCAGAGCCAGAGCCAGAUUAUGAGGCCGAUGAUGCAUCUGAAGAUUCCUGAGGGCCAGGGCUCUGACUGGCCACUCCCCAUCCAAGCCCAAAAGGACCUGGGUUGGAUUACCACCCGGCUCCACCUGGCCCCGAGUGCGCUGGAGUGAACAAACUGUGGAGGGUGGGUCUGGGCUCCGUGAUGGCGGCCCUCGACCCGGGAAUAAAGGUAUGGAUGGACCUGU